UAACACAUCGCAGAGCGCUGAGACGCCACACUGAGCUCUGGAAGCUAGCCGGGACGGACAAGCCACACACACACACACACACACACUUGGCAUGGAUAGCAAAGUCCUAGCGCUGGUGGCCCUGCUGACGGUCGUCAUAUGGAGCCCAGAGGCUGACGCUAAACCCAUCAGUCUGGUGGAGAGAUGUUGGUGCCGGUCCACUCUCAACACCGUCCCGCAGAGGAGCAUCCGUGAGAUUAAGUUCCUCCACACACCCAGCUGCCCUUUCCAAGUCAUUGCCAAGCUGAAGAACAACAGAGAGGUCUGCAUCAACCCCAAGACCAAAUGGCUGCAGCAGUAUCUAAAGAAUGCCAUUAGCAAAAUAAAGAAGAAGCGCUCAAAGUAAACACCUGAGGAUGUGCGAGGAGGACCACUGUGCAUCUCUGACCUCCAAAGAGUCGCCCGUCCUCUUCUCUCGCUCUUUGAUCACUCCUCCUCUUUCUGGACUGCUCGCACAAACAGCACUUCACCUAAACCUGCCUCUCAAGCAUCCAGACAGACUUCAGCUCACCAAAACACAAGCCAACACCUUUCUCCUGACGCACUGCUGCUGCCGCUGUGAUUACUGACUGAAUGAAGCCUCUGAAUGUGACCGUGAAUGUUUGAAUGCGAAGGCAAGAGAGAUAUCUACAGGUUUUCCACAGCUUAAAGGGCAGAAAAAUGAGAGUUUGUGUCAUUGUUGUGAGGGAUGUCUUACCUUUAGGAUAGUUU